AUGAUUGCAGUGAACCUAGUAGCUCGUGGAAAAGUCAAGCGGCAUUGUUUAACAUUUGGCGACGUUAUCGUGGCCUCGGCGUCGGAUCCUGAGCUUCGUGUGAAGGACGAGUGUAUGGUUAAUGCAGCUGAGAAUUAUCGCAGACAGACUGAUCAUACCUGUCACAAACACUGCACGGCCGAGCCCUCCACAACAGGCGACGAGAUCGGACAUUGUCAAAAGUGCAAGAAGUUCAACGUUGUGAACAAGUUUGUUCCUCUUGCGCAGCCAACGAUUGCCACCAAGAUCAAGAAGUCUCUUAUUAGCAAUCUUGGAAAUACUGCACUCACACAAAUGGCUCUCCUGUUCAUCUGUAGCUUAGCCAUGUUGAUGGGUUCCAUCGUCGUAGCUCAAAUUUCAGGCUCUGACUACAAAUACGAGAAGGACAACUGUAAAACUAAGUAUAACCGCGCCUACUAUUCUUACUGCAACCAAUCCGAUACAUCGAUGUUUGCUCAUGUUUCGGGUGGUUGGGGAGGCUUCAAUUCCUCCUUGGAGGCCGCUUCUCUAGCCCCCGACAAACUUUCAAGUGAAUUGCUGAGUUUUUGCAUCAGUAACGGAGCACAAUUCAUUUACUCGCUGCUUUAUUUGAUGCUGAUUUACAACAUCACAUUGAUAUGCCAGGAACGAGAUUGGGGGAACCUCGAAACACGCCGGCGUCAUCUACGCUGUACGAUUGUGAUCGGAGAAGCAUUCCGUGAAGACUAUCUCCUCCAGCUGCCAAAAUACGUCCUGUUCCCAAUCAUGGGAUAUAGUGUGCUCACACAUUGGAUGAUCGGCGAGGCUCUUCAAACGCAAGAAAGCGUCUGGCGCGACACCAAUGGCGAUCAUCCAAUCGAGCACUCAAAAUACGUCAUCGUCUACGCAGCGUAUCCCCUUUGGGGGGCGACUGUCUUGGUUCUCGUCAUGACUGGACUCUGCUGGUGGGCAUUUACGUAUCGGCGGGAGGGCUUCAUCCCUCAGAUGUUUGGUUCGCUUCGAGCUUGCUGCGCUGCGACCUCUGAGCUGGAUGAUUUUACUCCAGAAGGGAUUCAGUGGGGAGAUCUAGGCGCGGGCGAGAAGUUUCGGCACGCGGGUCUAUCGGCCGAACCUGUGGGCAAAAUCCAUCCAAAUGAACUAUACGCGGGUCGUGGUGGGCAGAGCGAGGAGGCGCCCGGGGGUGCGCGGAGGCGGGCGCACAACGAUUGA